GAAAGGCUCUUGUGGUUUCCAUGAUGGGCAUCAGCCGGUCCGCAGUCCUGGUGGCGUCCUACCUGAUGAUCUUCCAUCACAUGACCAUUAUGGAGGCCCUGACCGCCAUAAGGAAAAAGCGUGCCAUCAACCCCAACGAGGGCUUCCUGAAGCAGCUGCGAAAUCUCAACGAGAACCUGAUGGAGGAGCGCGACGAUGACGACGAGACGCUCAGCCAGUGCUCCGUCAUCGACGCACGCACGCGCGCUCGUAUCUUCGGGGAGGGCGGGGAUGAUGACGAUGACGACACCGACAAAGAGGAGGAACAGAGUAUGAUCGAGGUGAAAGCGCAGUCCAUCAUGAUGGAGGAGGAGGAGGACGGGGAGAGCGUGAUGAGUAGCGUUGCCUCCUCUGCAGCCGCGGCGGCGCUCAGGAGCGGAUUGAUCGGAGCGCAGAAUGGGCCGGACAACCAGGGAUCGACCCACGGAGAGAGCGUUCUACCUGAGCAGGAGGGCGGAGAGGAUGACGACGACGAGGACGGCCUUGAUAGCAUGAUCCGCGAGUGGCAGCGUAGGAACGAGAAAUACCAGAACGACGACUGGUGGGAGGCGCAGCUGAACAGCGACGGCGAGGAUGGGGAGUCUCUCGCCGGGGGGCAUCCAAAAAAAGAAGGCGUAGACGGCGAUGUGGAGAGCGUCACCAGCGAGGACGUUCGAGCUGUGAAAGAGCGGCUGAAGCGUCGCGGCAGGCGUCCGCCCUCAGACGCCAUGUCCACCUCCAGCUGCACAAGUUACUCCGAUCUUUGGAAGCAGCGGCUGCGCGAGAUUGAGGAACAAGCCGCUGCUCGCUACCGCAAGAAGGAAGACGAUGAAGGCAGCGAGAGCACGGCGACGGAAGGCGGAGAAGGAGGGAAGAAGAAGAUAGAUGAGGAGGUGGAGAGCAUCCUGUCCGACACCAGCUCCAUGUACCAGUUCUGCCAGAAGAACAAGGAGAAGAUGUCGCCAUUGGAGCGCUGGCGAAUCAAGAGGAUCCAGUUCGGCUGGAAUAAGAAAGAUCGAGAGGAUGGCGAAAAAAGCUCUGUCGGAGAUGGCGACGGAGACGGCGAGGGUGAGGCCAAGACACCGUCCUUCCAAGACGUCAAUCUGACGGCAUACCAGGCGUGGAAGCUCAGGCAGCAGAAGCGUCUCGGGGAGGAGAACACGGACGAGAUUUUGGAGAUGAGUCGCAGCGAGGACUCUGCAACGGUCAAACGGCGGCAAAGGCGCGAGGAGAUCCUGGAGCGCUCAAAGAAGACAUUAGAGGAGAGUCAGUCCAUGUGCGGCUGGGAGAGCGAGAGCUGCGUCAGCGGAGGCACGAUUCCUCUCUCCGCCUUCUGGGCUGGAGCCGGAGUCACGGGCCCGCCGAGCGUCGCCAAUGAUGACAAUAUGUCCAUGCUCAGCGGCAGGUCGUCGGUCAUAUCGUCGGUGUCGCAGCCUCGCGGCACAAGAUCUGUCAACCCCGUGACUCCAGUUCCUCCAAUCCUCCCGGUUCCAACUGUCCAAGGCCCCGGAGGUGAACCGAUGGUCAAUCUGGCGAGCAUCCAGAACUGGAUCACCAACGUCGUCACUGAAACAAUCAAACAGAAGCAAAGUGAGAUGACCCUGCCUCCUCCGUCACGUGCCGGGUCGGAGUUCAGCUUUGGGGGCGCUGCAAGCGUGAUUUCAGGCCGGGGUGUGGACGAUGACAAAGCGUCCUUGUUGAGCGGCGCCUCCUACUCCAGCAUGCUGUCGCAGGGUCGAGGCAGAGCGGCGUCAGUCCUCUCAGGCGGCGGGUCAAGUGGUGUCUCCGGUAUGACUGGAAGAGGCUCCGCCCUUGGUUCUAGCCAUGGCUCCACCCUCGGCUCCACCCUCGGCUCCACCCUCG